UGGCCUCACUGCCCGUCAUCUUCCACAAUGCUGUGGCAGGGCCAGCAGGGACAGGAGCCGGGGCCCUCGCCUGCAAGACCUCCUGCCCAGGCAGCUGGCCCGCCCACUCCUGCUCCCACCGGGACCCACGCUCCUCUGCAGAUUCCCAGAGCUCGGCCCUGGGUUUGGAUCUGCACACAGGACGCCUCGGCUGGCUUCUUCCCAGCGGUGUCUGCACGAGUCGGAUUCCCCGUCCUCGCCAGCAGGAUCGCACCUGGACGUGUGAGGAUGGAGCCCGCACCUGGACAGGCGCGCUGCACGGUACACAUCAAGACGGAGAUUCCAACCCCAACUAAGGAGAGCAAGCAUCCCGGGGCAGGGGCGGCUGCGGGCGCGCUUUUCCUGAACGGAGCACGGUUCGGGCAAGCAGGAGUGGGGCGAGGUCGGCGCCGGGCCCCCUGGCAGCAACGCCAGCCGUGGCCCGCGGCCGGCACCUGCGGGGUGCGGAGCCCUCCCCCUGCCCAGCAGCUCGGAGCGCCGCCUUCCUCUCCAGCUCCCCGCUGCGCCAGGCGCGCGUCUGAGGACGGGAAGCGGCCCCCGGCCCGGAUUUCCCGCGGGUGGGGCCGCCGUGACUCACCCCCGCCCCGUUUCCUUGUUUGCGUUUCUCCUCCAGGCCACGUGGCGGCCGGGAUAGCACCCCGCACCCUGCCCGGCCGCCCCCUCUCAUGCCCCCUCCCACCUGGGCGGGGCGCCUCCGCCCGCCCCCGGAGAGGGGCCCAAGCUCUGGGCUCCUGGGCCCGGAUGGCUCCGCGGCGCCGGCAGGACCUGACCCAGCUGCGCCAAGCGCCCACCCGGAGGUCCCUGAAGGUGGAAGGGGGCCGGACGGGGAGGAGCCGAGGGGCGGGCGCAGCGGACGCCCGCAGCCGCGAGCCGGGGCCGCCGGGUCCCGAGCGUCCAGCAGUCCCGGGGCUGGAGAUCCGCGGCAUUCCGGCGACGGGGACCGGAGGAGCCCGCCUGCACCCCGCGCGCGCAGGGGCGGUGCCUCCUGCUGACCCGCCCAGCGCUUGGAGGAGGUGGUUCUGCUGGGCGGUGAGGCCGCGGUCCCGCCGCUGCUGUCCAUGGCUGUCCACCUUCCUUCUCAAGUCACAGGUGGGCUGCUCAGGUGAGAGCCGCCUGCAAGUGGGCCGAGCCCGCGGCGCAGGUGGGCGGCCUCGCUGA